GUGUUGUGUUGGUGACUGAGUUGGUAACUUGAAUACUGCGCUUCUGGAGAGAGCCAAUUGUGAAAAGUAAUUGUAUGUCUCUGUUGGUUGCUACCAACAAACCUCUCAGCUUCACCUCGCAACCCUUUGUCACUUCACUUCUAUAAAUCCAGGGGAGGAGACAGCCUUCAGUCAGCUGAAGAACUUCUUGGUCGAUUCCUGAAGGUCGGACUGUUGAAGAUCGAUAACCAUGCGUGAAUGUAUCUCCAUCCAUGUUGGCCAGGCUGGUGUCCAGAUGGGCAAUGCCUGCUGGGAGCUGUAUUGCUUGGAGCACGGCAUCCAGCCAGAUGGACAGAUGCCUAGUGACAAGACCAUUGGAGGUGGAGAUGACUCCUUCAACACCUUCUUCAGUGAGACUGGAGCAGGGAAGCAUGUCCCAAGAGCUGUCUUUGUUGAUCUAGAACCAACUGUGAUUGAUGAAGUUCGUACUGGUACCUAUCGUCAGUUGUUCCACCCUGAGCAACUCAUCACGGGCAAGGAAGAUGCUGCUAACAAUUACGCCCGUGGGCACUACACCAUUGGCAAGGAGCUGAUCGAUUUGGUUCUAGACAGACUUCGUAAACUGGCUGAUCAGUGCACAGGACUCCAGGGUUUCCUCAUCUUCCACAGCUUUGGCGGAGGCACUGGUUCUGGUUUCACUUCUCUGCUGAUGGAACGUCUCUCAGUGGAUUACGGCAAGAAGUCCAAAUUGGAGUUCUCCAUCUAUCCAGCUCCACAGAUCUCCACCGCCGUGGUUGAACCCUACAACUCCAUCCUGACCACCCACACCACCCUAGAGCAUUCAGACUGCGCCUUCAUGGUAGAUAAUGAGGCCAUCUAUGACAUCUGCCGGAGAAACCUGGACAUAGAGCGCCCAACCUACACCAAUCUGAAUCGCCUUAUUGGUCAGAUUGUAUCGUCUAUCACAGCCUCUCUUCGCUUUGACGGUGCCCUGAAUGUUGAUCUGACAGAGUUCCAGACCAAUUUAGUCCCGUACCCACGUAUCCACUUCCCUCUGGCCACCUAUGCCCCUGUGAUCUCAGCUGAGAAGGCUUACCAUGAACAACUGUCUGUGGCUGAGAUUACCAAUGCCUGUUUUGAGCCAGCGAACCAGAUGGUGAAGUGUGAUCCUCGCCAUGGCAAGUACAUGGCUUGUUGUCUGCUUUACCGGGGUGACGUGGUGCCAAAAGAUGUCAAUGCUGCCAUCGCCACUAUUAAGACCAAGCGCACCAUCCAGUUUGUUGACUGGUGCCCCACUGGUUUCAAGGUUGGCAUCAACUACCAGCCUCCCACUGUGGUGCCUGGCGGCGACCUGGCCAAGGUGCAGCGUGCAGUCUGUAUGCUGAGCAACACCACCGCCAUUGCCGAAGCCUGGGCUCGCCUUGACCACAAGUUUGACCUGAUGUAUGCCAAGCGCGCCUUUGUGCAUUGGUAUGUGGGGGAGGGGAUGGAGGAGGGGGAGUUCUCUGAGGCCCGAGAAGACAUGGCAGCCUUGGAGAAGGACUAUGAAGAGGUUGGAACUGAGACUAUGGAAGGGGAAGGAGAGGCAGAAGAAGGAGAGGAGUAUUAGCUUAAUGAAUGUAAUCCAAAUGGUGUUAACAUUUGUGAUUAGUAAUCUGAUAUGAUUAAACUUGAGUUUCUAAAGAAAAGGCCUCUGGUCUCCAGCAUUCCCAAGAAAAAUGAAAUGUGAAAAGGAAAAGAAAGUUGACUAAAUCUAUUCUUUCUCAUUACUGCUUGAAUUGUUUUAGUGCAAGCUUCAUAAAUCCCUAUUUUUCUUUAACAACACCAAUUUCUUCAUGAAAUUGAUAUUACCUGGUUUAAUCAAUAAAAAACAAAUUGUAAUUUUAAUAAUUGUCAAUAAAAUAAUACUGCAAACUGUGUGGUUGAUAUGUGUGAUUAUACAUAUGGCAAAUUAACUAAAGAUAAUCCCAUUCUAUUGUGCAACUUGUCUAUUUGAUUUUCUGUUGAGGCAGGUACAGAAAAAUCACUGUUUACUCAUCCAGACUGCAGCUCAUUUGACCCUCAACUCCAUUUAUUUUGAAUAUUCCCUAUACCCUUGUAGUCCCCCGCAUCAAAAGCUUCAAUUGCAUGUUACUGUCCUUCAUAUAAAGAACCUUUCUCCAGUUUCCUCCCACAUUCCAAAGAUGUUUUUAAUCCGAGGUUCUUCUGAAGUCAAGUAUGAGGUACAAAAACUUUUGCUUACAAUCACUUAUUAAGCAUUACAAGAACACAGUCCAACGACGUAUCAGUUGGUUGGUUGUUAUUGUAAAUUGUCCCAUAAGGAGGCAAGGGUUAAGUCGGGGGUUGCUGAGCAGUGUGGCUUGAAGGGCUGCA